AUGGUUCAAGGAUGUGGUAACAAAUGCGUCAAGUACUUUUUCUGGCUCAUCAACUUUCUGUUCUUUGUUCUUGGGGCAAUAAUCGUCGGGCUCUCCAUAUGGAUGCUAGUGGACAAGAAUUCUCUGAAUACGGUGGCAAGUACAGUGAAAGUUGAUCUCUCCCAAAUUUUGAGUCAAGUGAAUAUUCAACAGCUCAACUCGUUCCUCUACGUUGCGAUCGUAAUCGGAGGGGCUCUUCUGGUUCUCGGAUUCUUCGGUUGCUGUGGAAGUUGCUGCGAAAGCAUCUGUGCUAUUUCCAUCUACUUCAUCUUGGUCCUCAUCCUCUUCGUUGUUGAAGUCGUCGCCAUCGUUCUCUACUUUGUUAACAAGACUAACCUUCAACAAGGGUUCCAAACUAUUUGGCGCGACGAACUGGUUUCAAAGUAUAACACUCAACAACAGAUUCACCAAGUGCUCGACCAAAUCCAAUCUAGCCUUCAAUGCUGUGGAGCUUCUGGAUGCAGUGACUACAUACCCUACGGAGCAUUCCCAACCUCCUGCCAAUGUGCAACUAUCCAACAAGCUGGAUGCGCUACUGUUAUCUGGAACUCAUUUGAAAGCAGCCUGAUUUACGUCGCCUUCGUUGGAAUCAUCAUCCUUUUUGUCGAGCUGCUUGCGAUGAUAUUCUCUUGUAUCAUUAUUGGGGCCGUCAAAGAGAAACGCUCCCAAGCUUAAAUAAUUCAAUUGGUCUUUGUACUUGUUUAUGCUUGGCCGUGUUUCACGUUUUGGUCAUGAGCCAUGAGUUUUCAAUUUUAUCAACAAAAACAUUUCAAACGAAAUUAAGAACACUAGAACUAAC